CGCAGCAGCUGUUUCUUGAGAUCUUGCCGGCGAAAACUGCUGCCAAAUUGGAGAAGUUGUUCCGCCCAGAAGAAAUGUGAGGAUCCGGAUGGGAACGGGUCGGGUCACGAGAGGGAGAAGGUGAAUGAGAGUAGUGGCGUUGUCGGGUCAGGUGGGGAUGAUAAUAAGAGAGUGAAGAAGAAGAAGAAGAAAAGUAGGAAGAAGAAAUUGGAUUCGAAAGGUGAAGAAGAAAGUAAUGGUGAAGAGAAGGAGGGUGAGGAAAAAGAGAAGAUAAAUUCGGAUUCGGGUAAUUUGAAACCUGAAUUGGUUUGUUUGUACCCGUUUACAACAUCAAGUAGUGCAAUUCAGAGGAAGAUCAAGCAACAGUAUGAUCAUCUUGUUAAGUGUCAUGAAAAUAAAAAGUUGACACUUGCUCAGGUUGCAGAAUAUGCUCAUUGUUUGACAGAGGCCAAAGAUGAGCUAGAACACAGGUCGGAGGCCAUUAACCGCAAGUUUUCAAUUACUAAGGCUCUGCUGAACAAGGCUGAUAGAUCAACAGUUGAUCGCAUUCGCCAACAGCUAUUCAAGCUAGAGAAGGAACACAAGAGAUUAGAGGAUGAUGCAUUUGUCUAUAAUUGGCUUCAGCGACAGCUUAAGCUUUCACCAGCAUACAAGAAGAUGAUUGAACUUCAUGCCUCCAUGGAGGAGAAGGCCAAGUCCAGUGAGUCGACUGAAAGCACAGAUACUGAAGAAUUUACUGACAUUUCUUUCGAGGAACUAUUAGCUCAAGAAAAGAAAGAUUCGUUUUGGUUUGUUGCUGAAGCAAAAAAAUGGGAGAUCAAGAUUGCCUCCAGGCUGAUGACAUUGUUUAGCAGCUUUAGUUAACUGUGCUUAAGGAAUCACUUUUUGUAGUUUUCGAGGGCGGAAACUAGUCAAUCCUAUACACAAUGAAAACGUUGAUGUAGUAUAUACCAUGUUCUUGUGGAUUUUGGCAUCUAGAAUUACUAACCAACACAAACAUGAUAUCAGUGUCAUCCCAAAUUUGUAUUUACAUAGCUUCUGAUGGAUAAAAUGAUUCUGUCAUGGAAUUGUAACUUGAUGUAAAAUGUUUUUAUCAUGAUGGUAUAACUCGAUAGCCAUAUCGACUGAAGCUAUGAACUUGACAGGGUGGUGUUUUCUUCUGGUGUUAUAGAAUCAUGAAAUAUGCAAAAUUGGAAACUCAUACAAUUUGAUUGAGAA